AUGAGGGCUACGGGGAUUGAGAAAGCUGAGCUGGACUCGUAUCGGCUGAAGGAUUUUGCACAGGCUUGGUAUGCCACUUUUCUUGUGUUGAACACCAGGGAUGAGAUGAGCAGGUUCCUUACAGGGAUCUCAGAGGAAUUGGAGGAGUAUUGUCGGGCUGCCAUGCUUCAUGAUAGAAUGGACUUCUCCAGGCUUAUGGUACAUGUCCAACAGGUUGAGGAUAGCCAGAAGAAGAGGAGAGCCCGUAAGCCUAGAUUUAAGAAGGGCCAUCAGAGUGCAGGGAACUCUAACUGUAAGAGGAGUGCAUCACAUAAAAGAGGCAGACCCAAGACAAAGAAGGGCAACGGAGGUAAUGUGCAGCGUCCCAGAAAGGAAUGUGGCAAGUGUGGCGGUAUUCACAGUGGAGAGUGCAGACUAGGCACAAAUGCCAGCUUCGGUUGUGGAAUGAGUGGACACAUGGUCAGGGACUGCCCACAGAAUAGGGGUCAGGCUAGAGGUAAUGCUCAGCCUAUGCCUAAUCGCCAGAAUGCUACUGCAGUCGAGCCUCGUAAGAGGAACAUAUUCUACUCCUUGAAGGGCAGGGAGGAGCUGGAGAAGUCUGCUGAUGUGGUAAUAGAUUUGACUAGGAAGAAAGCCAAGUUCAAAUGGGCGGAGACUUGUGAGAAGAAUUUCAAGCAGCUCAAGGACAGACUCACUUCCAGCCCCAGUGCUUACAUUACCUAA